GGAAAGAUGGCGGACGCCUUCGGGGACGAGCUGUUCAGCGUGUUCGAGGAAGAUCCCGCCGCCGCCGCCUCCGGCUCACGGAAAAAGAAGGGAUCCCCUGAGGCAGCUGCUGUGGUUGUGGGCAAGGCCGGAAAACGAUCAGAUGGUAAAUCUACAGCAUCUGCUAAACCUCCAGCUAAAGCUAAGCGAGAUGCAGAGGAUGAUGGUGCAGACAUUACUGUUAUUGGAAAGAAGCCAAAGUUGGAAGAAUUUGCCGCAGAAGAUCUCAAUUUGGCAGACUUGAUGCCAAAAGUAAAGGUACAAGCCGUUGAAACUGUUGAAAGUUGUACACAUGAGGUUGCUCUUCCUGCAGAUGAAGACUUCAUAGCCUUAAAGCCAAGAACUGGAAAAGCUGCAAAGGAAUAUCCAUUCAUUCUUGAUGCUUUUCAGAGAGAGGCUAUUCUCUGUGUGGAUAACAAUCAGUCAGUUUUAGUGUCUGCUCAUACAUCAGCAGGGAAGACGGUGUGUGCAGAGUAUGCCAUUGCUUUGGCUUUAAGGGAAAAACAGCGUGUGAUAUUUACCAGUCCUAUUAAAGCUCUGAGCAACCAGAAAUACCGUGAGAUGUAUGAAGAAUUUCAAGAUGUUGGUUUGAUGACUGGGGAUGUCACCAUCAAUCCGACAGCAUCUUGUCUCGUAAUGACGACAGAGAUUUUGAGAAGUAUGCUUUACAGAGGUUCUGAAGUCAUGCGUGAAGUUGCUUGGGUUAUAUUUGAUGAGAUUCAUUACAUGAGGGAUGCAGAACGUGGUGUGGUAUGGGAAGAAACCAUUAUUUUACUCCCAGACAAUGUUCACUAUGUGUUCCUUUCUGCCACUAUCCCAAACGCACGCCAAUUUGCUGAAUGGAUAUGCCAUCUUCACAAACAGCCUUGCCAUGUGAUCUACACAGAUUAUCGGCCCACUCCUCUGCAGCAUUAUAUCUUCCCAGCAGGGGGAGAUGGACUUCACCUUGUGGUUGACGAAAAUGGUGAUUUUAGGGAAGAUAAUUUUAAUACAGCUAUGCAAGUACUUCGAGAUGCAGGUGACUUAGCUAAAGGAGACCAGAAAGGCAGGAAAGGAGGAACAAAAGGUCCAUCAAAUGUAUUUAAGAUUGUAAAGAUGAUCAUGGAAAGAAAUUUCCAACCUGUAAUCAUCUUCAGUUUCAGUAAGAAAGAUUGUGAAGCAUAUGCUCUUCAGAUGACAAAACUGGACUUCAACACAGAUGAAGAAAAAAGAAUGGUUGAAGAAGUAUUUAAUAAUGCAAUAGACUGUUUGUCUGAUGAAGACAAAAAACUUCCUCAAGUUGAGCAUGUGCUUCCACUUCUGAAGCGUGGCAUUGGAAUCCACCAUGGGGGUUUACUUCCUAUUCUAAAGGAAACCAUAGAAAUACUUUUCUCUGAAGGACUGAUAAAGGCCUUAUUUGCAACAGAGACUUUUGCUAUGGGUAUAAAUAUGCCAGCAAGGACAGUGCUGUUCACAAGUGCUCGGAAGUUUGAUGGAAAAGAUUUCCGAUGGAUCACCUCAGGUGAAUAUAUUCAGAUGUCUGGUCGUGCCGGACGUCGAGGCAUGGAUGAUAGAGGAAUAGUUAUUCUUAUGGUGGAUGAGAAGAUGAGCCCAACGGUUGGAAAACAGCUUCUAAAGGGAUCUGCUGACCCUCUAAACAGUGCUUUCCACUUGACAUACAACAUGGUAUUAAAUUUGCUGCGUGUAGAAGAAAUUAAUCCAGAAUAUAUGUUAGAAAAAUCUUUUUACCAGUUCCAGCAUUACAGAGCUAUUCCAGGAGUAGUUGAAAAGGUAAAUAAGUUGGAACAGCAGUAUAAUGAGAUUGAAAUUCCAAAUGAAGAAAAUGUGGUAAUCUACUAUAAAAUCAGACAACAGCUUGCUAAACUGGGCAAAGAAAUAGAGGAGUACAUUCAUAAGCCGAAGUACUGCUUGCCGUUUUUACAACCAGGAAGGCUGGUAAAAGUAAAAAAUGAAGACGAUGAUUUCGGCUGGGGAGUUGUGGUAAAUUUCUCCAAGAAAUCCAAUGUUAAGCCUAACUCUGGUGAACUGGAUCCACUCUAUGUUGCUGAAGUCCUUUUGCACUGUAGCAAAGAGAGCUUGAAAAAUUCUGCGACUGAGGCUGCCAAGCCAGCAAAACCUGAUGAGAAAGGGGAGAUGCAGGUUGUUCCAGUUUUGGUGCAUCUUCUGUCCGCAAUCAGCAGUGUUCGCCUUUAUAUACCAAAAGACUUGAGGCCUCUUGAUAAUAGGCAGAGUGUACUGAAGUCAAUACAGGAAGUGCAGAAACGGUUCCCCGAUGGAGUUCCUUUGCUGGAUCCCGUUGAUGACAUGGGCAUUAAAGAUCCAGGUCUGAAAAAAGUAAUCCAAAAAAUAGAAGCGUUUGAGCAUAGGAUGUAUUCUCAUCCACUUCACAAUGAUUCUAAUUUGGAAACGGUGUACAAACUUUGUGAAAGAAAAGCACAGAUUGCUAUAGACAUUAAAGCAGCAAAACGGGAGCUGAAGAAAGCCAGGACAGUUUUACAAAUGGAUGAGCUCAAGUGUCGUAAGCGUGUUUUGAGAAGGUUGGGUUUUGCAACCUCUUCAGAUGUCAUAGAGAUGAAAGGACGAGUCGCUUGUGAAAUCAGCAGUGCAGAUGAGCUGUUGCUGACAGAAAUGAUGUUCAAUGGCCUUUUCAAUGAUUUGUCUGCAGAGCAAGCAACUGCUUUACUAAGCUGCUUUGUAUUUCAAGAAAAUUCCAGUGAAAUGCCCAAACUAACAGAACAGUUGGCCGGCCCACUUCGCCAAAUGCAGGAAUGUGCAAAAAGAAUUGCUAAAGUCUCAGCAGAAGCUAAAUUGGAAAUAGAUGAGGAAAAUUACCUCAAUUCCUUUAGGCCAAAUUUGAUGGACGUAGUGUACACAUGGGCUAACGGAGCUACAUUUGCUCACAUAUGCAAAAUGACAGAUGUCUUUGAAGGGAGCAUCAUUCGAUGCAUGAGGAGGCUAGAAGAAUUGCUUCGACAGAUGUGCCAAGCAGCAAAGGCCAUUGGAAACACAGAACUGGAAAACAAAUUUGCAGGAGGCAUUACCAAAAUCAAGAGAGACAUUGUGUUUGCUGCAAGCCUUUACCUAUAAGAAGUGUUUUACCCGAUGUGGAGUGUGAAUUGCACUGUCAUCUUCUAUUCUGCAGUGAAGGCUACCAUUCCUUCCUCUUCCCAAGCAAGACAAACCUUAAUGUUCUUAAUUUGUAUGUAUUCCACCAUGAGCCUCAUACUAGCAAAGCAUAUUACAUAAGCCAUUGCUGUUUGUACAUAAGUAUUAUCACAUUAUUUUAAUUAAAAAAAUAGCCAGAA